AUGCCUUCAUUACUCCGAUCGAUAUUGCCAGUGCUGGCGACAGUUGGAUACAGUACUGCACAGUCGUUCAGCAAUUGCAACCCGAUUUCGAAUCCCGGCGUAUGCCCAGCAGAUCCAGCAUUAGGACGAAGCACAUCGAUCUCAUUCACCCAAAAAUCGGACUCUUUCGCCGAGACUGGUGUCGUCAACUAUGGCCAGAAUGGCGCCGAGUUCACAGUCGCGAAAUCUGGAGAUAACCCUCACAUCACAUCAGGCUGGUACAUCAUGUUCGGCCACGUCGAGUUUGAGAUCCAAGCUGCGCCGGGCCAAGGCAUUGUCAGUAGUGCGGUUCUGAUGUCAGAUGUGCUCGAUGAGAUCGACUGGGAGUGGCUUGGUGGCGACGACAACCAGGUUCAGAGUAAUUACUUCCGCAAGGGACAGGUCACAGUGGGCUACAACCGUGGUGCUUUCCACGCCGUGCAAGGAACUCACGAUGGCUUUCACAAAUACGCCAUCGACUGGACUGCGGAGCAGAUUGUGUGGUCGAUCGAUGGGCAGACAGUGCGCGUUCUCGAAGCUGGCAAUGCACAAAAUGGCGACUAUCCUCAGACACCGAUGCAGAUCAAGGUCGGUUCCUGGGCGGGGGGUGACCCUGGCAAUCCGCAGGGCACUAUUGAAUGGGCCGGUGGCUUGACUACCUAUUCCAAUGGGCCCUUCACCAUGUAUCUCAAGUCGAUAGCAGUGACAGAUUACUCGACCGGAACAGCAUAUACCUACUCCGGUACGACUGGCGACUGGGAAUCGAUCCAAUCUGAUGGUGGCUCAAUCAACCCACAAGGCAGCGGCCAGCCUGUUGCCACAGCGGAUCAGCCAGCGAUAACAUCGACGGUUCCAAAUGACAGCAGCGCACCUCUGGCGUUCGAUCCCAGUGACUCGGCAUCUGUGUAUGCGACAAGAACGGGCUGGCCAUGGACAGGUACAGCGACAGCAUCAGUGGUGCCUCCUGGGUGGUCUAUUGAUGGGAAUGGAAAUAUUCAUCCGCCUAGCUCGGGUGCUGUAAGCACUCUCCCCAUCUGGCUCUUAUGCUCCGGCAUCUUCUUCGGCGUCUUCUUCAGACUCUGGCCUGAAGCAAGCACGAUCAAUCCUUCGAACGCAUCGGCUUCACCCAUUGGUGUGUUGCCACAAUCUUCGCCUUCACAGACCAAGAUAUCAAUUGGUGUAAUUGGCGCAAUGCCUACCACAUUAGAAACGGUCCCUGCAGCUGAGACCAUAUCAGACGCCUCUGGGCAGCUAGUCUCGACUGGCAACAGUACCCCAGCACCUACAAUCCAGUCUGGAAGUCACCCCACACAGCCCCGCAACGCCUGGCCCCAACAGUACUACGGCCACGAGCGACUCUUCAGCCGCAGCGAGCACAGUCACAACAGGGUCGAAGAGGCCCACGGUCACGACGCUGUCUACCAGCCGGACGUGGCCUGCAACUCUCACGCGAUCGGCCUCUACAACACAGUCCUCCACGGAUACCUCGACCACGAGUGA